AUGCAAACGGUUCAAACUGAGAGACCCAUGAAAUCCCCACCAUCCCCGCUUAUGAGUGAGACUGAACUUUUGAAUAGUCGGCGAAUCGCGAAGGAGGAGUACUCUAUCGACGAAUUUCAUGAACUUACGGAGACAUCGGAUUCUUUGAGUGAGAAGAUGAGAUUGGGGACAGAGGCCCAAAGAUUCUCCCAUCUUUUCGAAACAACACUGGUUCUCAUAACGUAUUUCAUCUCCAGAAAGGAGAGAAUGUGA